AUGACCACUCGGUCUAAAUCCCACAUAACCCGUCCCCUUCUUCGACAAGAUGGUACGAUUUUAUGGCCACCACCGAAACACAGUGCAGCCCUCUCCACCCUUUCUUCCAUUCCCGACGAACCCACAUCUUACACGGAAGCUUCUAAAUUCCCUGCUUGGCGUGCUGCCAUGGCCAGUGAAUUUGAAGCUCUCCUCCGAAAUAAAACAUGGUCCCUUGUUCCUCCCCAUCCUUCUCAAAAUCUUCUGGGUUCCAAAUGGGUUCUCAAGACCAAACGGCUUGCUAAUGGAAUCAUUGAGCGACGAAAACUCGUCUUGUUGCCAAAGGGUUCCAUCAACAAGCCGGCCUUGACUAUUCGGAAACCUUCAGUCCGGUUGUCAAGCCCGUUACGAUUCGCCUUCUGA